UACACCUGCUCUGCCUAGCCUGGUUAACGGUUCCUGUGUUGACUUGCAAUAAUGACACAGGUGGAGUAAGCUCUUUUAACGUCAUGAUGAAGUAUCUGGUACUUGUGGCCUUUUUGGCUCCUUGUUGGGUCAAUUGUGCGAUUAAAUCAAGGGCCACUGAGGAAGAAACACGGGAAAAUGACACAGAGUUCGAGGCUCUGAGCUCAUUGCUGUCCGACUUUGAGGUGCUGCCCGUGUCCGGCCUCCAGCAGCACUCACUCAGGAAGAGGGACAUCCACACAGAGUCCCAGCUGGAGCGCAUUGUCAGCUUCAGUGCCCUCAAGAGACAUUUUAAGCUUUACUUGACAACUAACACAGACUUGUUCACUGAGGACUUCAAAGCUGUGUUUGUAGAUAAGCAAGGGAAGGAAGACCGCUAUGAUGUUCAGCUGCAGAACUACUUUACUGGACAUCUUGUAGGCGAGGAGCACUCCCGUGUUCAGGCACACAUAGACGGGGACGAGUUCUCGGCCCACAUCCUGACAGAGGAGACAGAGUACAACGUAGAGCCCCUUUGGAGGUUCACCGAGGUGCCCCCCGAUGGCCGUCUGUUGGUAUAUCGCUCUGAGGACAUCCGGAACCUCAGUCGCCUGGCCUCGCCCAAGGUGUGUGGAUACAUCCACGCUGGGGCCCAGGACCUGCUACCAGAGGCCGCCAGAGGUGGAGAGGCACAGGAGAAUUCCCUCCACAGAGAGAAGAGAGUGACCCACAACCACAAGAAGAACACCUGUCCUCUAGCCCUGGUGGCCGACUACCGCUUCUUCAAACACAUGGGCCGCGGAGAGGAGAGCAUUACACUCAACUAUCUGAUUGAGUUGAUUGACAGAGUGGACGACAUGUACAGGAACACAACCUGGGAUGACGAGUUUACAGGAUACGGUGUUCAGAUCCAACAGAUCAUCAUCAACAAGGAGCCGACCAGAGCGCCGCUUGGCCAGGCUGGGCCGGACUGGACCCACUACAACAUGAAGGGAAGCCCUAUCCAAGGCAAGGAGGUGUGGGACGUCAAGAAACUGCUGGAACAAUUUAGCACGGACAUAGCGGACAAUGCUAGCACUGUGUGCCUGGCCCACCUGUUCACCUAUCAGGACUUUGACGAGGGGACACUGGGCUUGGCUUACGUGGCCCCUUCUAAAGCCCAGGCUCUGGGGGGCCUCUGCCCUGAACCUUUCUUUCCAUCUCCUUCUGUUAAGAACCCCAGUUUCCUCAACACUGGUUUAACCAGCACUAAGAAUUAUGGCAAAACCAUUCUAACCAAGGAAGCAGAUUUGGUGACAACCCAUGAGCUGGGCCACAACUUUGGAGCUGAGCACGACCCUGACAGCAUGCACUACUGCGCCCCUAGCGACGACCACGGGGGCAAGUUUGUCAUGUACCCCAUCGCUGUGAGCGGGGACCACUACAAUAACAAGCGUUUCUCCAACUGCAGUAAGAUCUCCAUAGGGAAGACGCUGCGCCUCAAGGCUCCCAUCUGCUUCAAGGAGAGGAACAGCAAGGUGUGUGGGAACUUGCGCGUUGAGGAAGGGGAGGAGUGCGACCCGGGCCUGCUGCACCUCAACGACGACCAGUGCUGCUCCACCGACUGCAAGUUCAGGCCCGAGUCCCAGUGCAGUGACAGGAACAGUCCAUGCUGUAAGAACUGCAAGUUUCAGCAGGCAGGCAAGCCGUGCCAGGAGCCAAUCAACGCCACCUGUAAGGGCAUGUCCCUCUGCACAGGUAACAACAGUGAGUGCCCAACCCCAGACAACGCUCCGGACAAUACCAUCUGUGUGGACAGUGGGAGGUGCAGCGACGGGGAGUGCAUGACCUUCUGUGAGGCUGUGCAGAACCUGCAGCCCUGUGCUUGUAAUGAGAUGGUCAACUCGUGUAAGGUCUGCUGCCGGGACAAACAUGGCACCUGCACUCCCUUCGUCAAAAAGGACCAGAACUUCCUGUACCUGCGCAAGGGGAAACCCUGCACCGUGGGCUUCUGUGACGAGGGCGGCAAAUGCAUGAAGCAAGUCCAGGAUGUGAUCGAGAGGUUGUGGGAUUUCAUCGACAAGCUGGACAUCAACACAUUCGGGAAGUUCCUGGCAGACAACAUCGUGGGCUCAGUGGUGGUGUUCUCUCUGAUCUUCUGGAUCCCUCUCAGUAUCCUAGUGCACUGUGUGGAUAAAAAUCUGGAGGAGGAGAACACCAAGUCCAGCAAAGCAGAGAUGCUGAGCAGCUUCGAGACAGCCUCUGUCGUCGUCAUCAAGCCACCUACGCCUCCAACCUCCUCCGGCACUCGGAUCCUUCCCCACUCCCUCCCUUCUCUACCCCCAACAGGCCCACCUGCUUCAGGCAGCAUCAGUGCCCCAGGCUUGGCUUCUGGCCCUGCCCCGGGAAGCGGGGUGGUCGUGGUGGGGGAGGGCCCGCGGAUGGCCACCAUCCAGGAGGAUUCCAGCUGCGAUUCUUACCUCGACCCGGAUGAAGACGACUUCCCUCCACCCGGAUGCUCCAACGCCACCAAGUCAUCUUACGAGGACCUGACGGCAGAGCACGCCGCGAUCGGACCGCCACGACAAGCCCCGCCUCGAAGCAAACCUGUGUGGUGAACAGUAAAGAGACCCAGUGCUGAGGGAACAUGUUUGUAUAUGUACUCACAUACACACACAGCCACGGGCAUGUACAUGCAAACACACGUGUACACACACACACACACACACAAUUUUACACGAGGGAACAUAGUCUGGAGUAGGUAGAUGCAUGCAUACAGACACACCGCAUAUAGAAGAGGCAUGCAUACAUGACUAAACUAUAGUACACACACACACUGUUAUAGUACACACAAACAUCCACUCAUAGAAGAGAAGGGACUGGAAUACUGGUUACAGAGCACUGGUUGGGGUUCAUAGAACAACACCGUUUCUAGUAGAGCUCUUAAAUAAAGCACUGUGGGAUUGGCUACAUCCUAGAUUUUAUAAGGUCAAUUUGGAAGACUCCCAUACAACCAAAACAGUAGGUGCUUAUGAGUAGUAGUGCUCUGAUGCAAGUGACUGCAGUUUAGAAUAGCCUAGAUACUGAAUGAUUUGUGUGUGUGUGUUGUGGGGAAGAAAUAAUUUGUGCCUUGUUAGUUUCAAGAGUCAAAGCUAAGUGCUUUAUUUGGCACCACUCAGUCCGAUACAGGCCAGACAGUCUUUGGAGGUGUUAUUUUGAAUGACUUGACUAACAGCUGUCCGAAUGGGUUGAUUGAUUGACAGCUGGGCCAGUUGAUUUACCACUGCAGCGACUUUACGGCUAUUGGUUAGGCAUGUGGGUGGGUUAGAGUGCCCGUGUUAAAAGGAAUCAUGCUACGGUCAAAUAACUGAAAUGUGUUAUUUUAAAUGUUUAAAGGCCCAGUGCAGUCAACAAUGUGAUAUUAAUGUGUUUUAUAUGUAUUUCCACACUGAGGUUGGAAUAAUACUUUGAAAAUGAUGAUAUCCUUUUUAGUGUAAGAGCUGUUUAAAAAGA